GAUUUUUGACUGUCAAGUAGCCAGGUAUUUUCAUGCUUCAACAUUUUCCAUUUGCGACUUUUAAUUUUGGAGUUAGUGGUAAUAAAUGUAGUCACUAGUCAGUAAAAAAUUACUUGUUCUCGUUUUGUGAUGGUAAAGUUACAUUUCUUAUUAUCACAUUGCCAGAGUUCUGGAAACUAUCAAGUUUUAUCUACCACUUGCGUUUAGGCAUUUUGAUAGAAACGUCAAUAGGGAUUUAUCAUUUUAAUUUAUGCGAUUCGUACAUUUAAGUACACUGGUUAUAAGAAGUGACUUUUGAAUUGUUCAUCGAUAAGCAGGAUGAAUGCUGGAUGGUCUUCAUUAAUGCUACUGAUAUGUUAUCCAAAUUUCCUUUCAUCGUUAUACAUUCACAGUGCUAAUAUAUAUUUUAGUAAGGGGUUCCAACGGACCACGACUUUAUAUGAGAAACAAAUAUCCAAAUUUGCAUCCGAUAAGGUUUUUUCAGGGUUGUGAGAUUCCCUUCGACUAUCAUAUGAAGUAAAGACAUAUAUGACGUAGACUUACCUAAGUUGUUUUCUGGUUAGCGUUUUUUUAGCGAGUUCGUUUUCUACAGGAUGGGGUCGCUAACCCCAUACCCAACUCUCCUUUAUCCGGGCUUGGGACCGGCAGUAGCUCCACAGGGGCUCCAGGUGGAGUUAUGAAUGAUCGUGAAAGCGGUAGUAUCAGAUCCAUCCCUCACCCUUAUUAUCAAGUCGAUAUGACAUCCUCUUAUAUAUAGUUUAAUUUCUUUGUUAACACCUCUUAUUAUAUAUGACCCCUAACGUAUGACGAGCAUAAGACUCGAAAUGUGUCUUCAUUACGGCUCUUAAAGACCUUACGGAGUAUAAAAAAAACACCACGGGCUUUAGUUAUUGCUUCACAAUUAGCUGGUCUUGUGAGGUCAUUGCUUAUAAUAAUGUGUACCAUCCAAGGUGUUUACACAACGAUGCAAUGAUGUAACCUAUCAUAUCUUAUGAUUCGACGAAAAGAAAUGAUCUUUCCUCAUAUCCAGUACUAGUUUCUUCAACGUCGGUAUUAAUGUUUUUGUUUAUUUAUUAUUUUAUUUUAUUUGAACACAGAUAUUGGUGCAAGGAGGCACCAAAUACAUGGGCUGUGAUACUGCUCGGGUGCCCAAGCCGAAGCAGGUGUUCUUAGGGGGCCACACCCGGAGCUUUCGACCUGAAGGUCUGAGCCACAAGGCAGUGGAGCAUCGUAAGGAGGUGCAAUCCCAUGGUAGCCGAUGACCAACGAUUGGUUCAUAUGCCAUUUGUUUUCUCAAGAUCCUGGAGCCCAUGUACACCAUUGGUUUGGAAUCAGGGUUUUCCAACUCCCCUAGGUGAACUCUCUAUGUCCAUCAACCCGGUUAAAGUGCCAAACGUUCGCUUUACAUUCAUUUAAUUUUGUAAAGAACAAUAAUGCCGUGAAAAGGCAAUGAGUAGGACUUCCUUGACAGUGGUUGUAUGUAUGUGGCCAUGUGAGAGCAUUUGGAGAGGGAGAGCUGAUUCUCCCCACUCUCGGCCGUACCAGGGCAUUUUGGGGCAAUAAUAUAUCAUGAAAUACAGUAGUCCACUAACAAAUGACAACUAAGUAGGUCAACUGGGUUUUAGAGGUAAACUGAAUAACUUUCGUAUCAUGGCACUGGAUUUGUAUAAAAUUACGUUGUAUGUGAAAGUAUUACUUGAUAUGGAGUCAUGAACAAAUUAGGUAAUUGCAUUAGUCACUACGGAAUAUAUUGCUCUCAGUUUGAACUUAUAACAAGCACUGUCAUUUGAAUAUGAAUUAUUUGUCAAUAUAGUUUAUCUGACUAAUACAAUUCUUCGUAGAUUAAUGAGUAAAGAGAUCUGAUUAUUUUCUGGUCAUAAUAUUUCUGAAGCGCAUCAUCAAAAUGAAUCUACAGAUCUUUAUUGUCUAGAUACAAACUUGAAACAUAAAUACCAAUGAAUCAUUUAUGCUUACACAGUGAAUAAUGUGAUGGUUAUGGGAGCAUAAACCAAAGCAAUUAGGUAAGCUAGACGUUUAUACGUUAUUGGCUAACCUGGAUGUUUACUCUAGAGAGCAGUAGCAAAUUAAGACGUUACAUCACUAAACUUGAUAAGAUUUCAUAGUCUAUGCAGUAUCUGGUUUCAACACAAAUAUGGAUAAGCUUACGCAUAUAUUAUCUGAAACAGUUCUUAGAGCAAAAUUUACUGAGGAAGAGAUUGAAAUGGCAGCUAAAAGUAUUUCCUUUGAACUUGAAGCUUUGGAAAGAUCACCACCAGUUGAACCAAUUAUGAAUGAAUUAUUACAUGUGACUGCUUAUAAAAAUAACACACUUGGCUUGCCAAAAUAUUGUCCUAAACAGAAUUUAGAUAAAAUUAAUCGCGAAGAUAUCAUCAAAUUUGUUGCCACUCAAUUCAAACCAGAAAAAAUGGUGAUAGCUGGUGUCGGAAUUGAACAUGAUGCACUAGUAAAGUCUGUAGAGAAAUACUUUAUUCCAACAGUGCCUAAUGUAUCUUACGAAAAGGCGGCUAAUGAUCUGCCUUCACCUGUCACUACUGUCUCCGAAUAUACCGGUGGUUAUUACAAGUUAGAACGUGAUCUAUCACAAUAUCAUGCACCAAUGCCUGAAUAUGCUCAUGUUGGCAUUGGUUUUGAAUCAUGCAGUUAUACAGAUCCACAAUUUGUACCAGCAUGUGUACUUCAUUCAUUACUUGGUGGAGGUGGAUCUUUUUCAGCUGGUGGACCUGGCAAGGGUAUGUAUACUCGACUAUAUCUAAAUAUUUUAAAUCAGCAUCAUUGGGUAAACUCAGCACAGGCUGAAAAUCAUGCUUAUGCUGAUACAGGAUUAUUCACUAUUAUUGGCAGUUCAUUUCCAACUUAUCUAGAUCGUUUAGUCUAUACUUUGAUUAAUGAAUUGCAUCAUACUAUAUCAUCUUCAAUAUCACAUGAAGAGUUGUCGAGAGCUAAACAUCAGUUGAAAUCUAUGCUUCUAAUGAAUUUAGAAACUCGUGCUGUUAGUUUUGAAGAUAUUGCUCGUCAGGUGCUUACAUCUGAUGUGAAACGUGAACCAGACUAUUGGGUUGACCAAAUAGACAAAGUAACAGAAAAUGAUCUUCAUGAACUUCUUCAUCGUAUGAUUUAUCAAUGUAAACCAACAUUAGUCGGUUUUGGAAAAGUUGACAAGUUACCAUCAUUAGAAGAUACUGUUUCUCUAUUAAAUAAUGAAUCAUAUAAAGAGAAGAAAUUAAAGACAAAAUAUAAAAUGUCUAGUAUAUUUAAAGGAUUGAUUUAAUUUCAUCUUUUUGCGUUUUUCUCUCCAUCCUUUUUUCACUUGUCAUAUGUGUUCUCUUAUAUAAGAGAACCCAUAUGAUUUGUAAAUUAUUCAAUAUAACUGGAUGAUGAUUAGUUGUGUAAAUGAUUAAGUUAUUGUUUUGUUUUCUUUGGGGGUGGGGG